AUGAAGAGACUGAGGCUCCUGAGAUGGAGCGGGAGUGUAUUAUCACCGCGGACGAGGCCCGAUCUCUCUCAAUUACAACCUCAUACCUUCCGACGGUGUCAGGCUACGGCUGCUGCAUCCUCUGCACCCCUUGAAGAGCCUGUGCCGGAGGCAGCUGGAACCCCCUUUUUACCAGAAGAGAUACUGCAGAGAUUACCUUCGCCUCCGGUCACAGCGGCCAGGACAUCGGCGAAGCUCGCUGCUCUUCAUGCUCGACUCUCACUUCCUUCCCGCCUACCACUUGAAACAUUGGCGAGAACCCUCGUCGACGCCUCCGCGGAUCCUUCGAUACGAUUCAACAAUAAAGGUUUUGCCGUGCUCGGCAACGACCUGCUGGGUUAUUACACUUCGGAAUAUCUCCUUAGCCAAUACCCACGGUUACCGCUAGCCGUGGUGUUUGCAGCAAUGUACGCUUACCACGGGCCGGCCACUCUGGCUGCGAUAGCAAGAGAAUGGGGUGUAGAAGCUGCAGCAGAACCUGGCGGCGAGGUUGACCCGGGCCUGCUGCAGUUCAAAAGACUUCCUUCCGAACCAAGGCCCGAACUCCCGCACCCACAACUUAUCAGCACUCGUCAAGAAGAGAAUCCCAAUUUUCGGCGGACAAUGAGCUCAAGGACCGUGUACGAUGACCAGUUUGGCGAGAUCAAGGAGCGUACCCGGAGUGCGGAAACCAUGCAAGAGAAAGGUGCAACCCUACAACGAGCGAGCACGGAUUUUGUGCGAGCGGUAUUUGGAGCUAUAUAUCUCCAUGCUGGUCGAGCCGCCGCGAAACAAUUCUACAACGACCAUAUUACCUCGCGACAGGUAGAUAUGGCCAGCCUAUUCCAUAUCAAGAACCCAACCAGGGACUUGAGCCGAUUAUGUGCAAGAGAAGGAUUUCAAGCCCCUGUGGCCAAGAUUCUAAGUGAGACUGGGCGGAAGAGUAGGACACCUGUUUUUGUGGUUGGAAUAUAUUCUGGCAGUGAUCUGCUUGGAGAGGGUGCCGGCGCCAGUCUUGAUGAGGCGCGCACACGCGCAGCCGUGGCUGCUAUGAAAGGGUGGUAUCUCUACAGCCCGACAGAGUUCCGGCUACCCAGUGAAACUGAAGAGCCUGGGGCAAGGCCCUGGACACCCAUCUUGGUUGAUCCGGGCGAGAUCGCUAACUAA